AAGAUAGGGAGGGAAAGAGGAAACAAAAAAGAAAAAAAAGGAAAGUAAAGUAGAAAGGAAUUAAAUAAAAAACAGAAAACGUAAGAGCAACAAAAUCUCUCUCUCAAUUUAUUAAUAAUAUUAAGUCCAAUCGCUUUUCUUGGAAAACCCAAAAAAUCCCUUUUUUAUUCUUUUUCUCCUCUGCUACUUCCAUUUUGAAUUAGGGCUAGGCUUCCUUCUUCUCUCUGCUGUCUUCUGGAGCUUAAAACCCUAAUCUCCCUCUUCGCACCCCACCCUUUCCCGCCAUUUUCAGCCCCAUCUGAACCGUUCAUUCCUUAUUUUUUAAUUCCCGCCAUUAGAUCCCCUGACUUUUCCACCUUUUUCUUUUUUACCCUUUCCCUCCCGGAGUUCACCGGAAAUGUCGCCCGUUGAAGUCAACCAAAAGGUUGAGGAGGAAGGGACAAGUGUAGAAAGGGGAGGAGAGCUCUUGUUCUGCGGGGCUACCUGCUGGGAUAUCGUUGGUCGCCGCAAAGGCGCCCUUGAAGGUAACCUCGUCUCUCCUACUCGUCUCCGGCCUCUUGUUGGUGUCGACAUACGGUUCGUGGCCUCCGGUUGUGCAUCCUGUCAUUGCGUGGCAUUGGAUGUUCAAGGGCGCUGCUAUACGUGGGGUCGCAAUGAGAAGGGGCAGUUGGGUCAUGGAGAUAAGAUUCAGCGUGACAGGCCGACUAUUGUUUCUGAACUCUCAAAGUAUAAAAUUGUCAGAGCUGGAGCAGGGAGGAGCCAUUCAGUCGUGGUCACAGACAAUGGUCAGUUGCUGGGCUUUGGCUGGAAUAAACAUGGGCAGCUGGGUUCAGGGUCAACGAAAAAUGAAAUCGAGUCAUCUCCUGUUCGCUGUCUUGUUUCUGAAGUAAAAGAUACUGCAUGUGGGGCUGAGUUUACUGUCUGGUUAUCAUCUAUAGAAGGAGCUUCUAUACUAACUGCAGGCCUGCCACAAUAUGGUCAACUUGGACAUGGAACAGACAAUGAGUAUAAUACAAAGGACAGCUCAGUGAGGCUUGCAUAUGAAGCCCAACCACGCCCUAGAGCUAUAGCUUCUCUUUCUGGGGAAACUAUUGUCAAAGUUGCAUGUGGAACAAACCAUACAGUGGCUGUGGAUAAAAAUGGCUUUGUUUACACGUGGGGCUUUGGUGGAUAUGGAAGGCUUGGACAUAGAGAGCAGAAAGAUGAGUGGCUUCCCCGUCGGGUUGAUAUUUUUCAGAGGCAAAAUACUCUGCCUCCUGAUGCAGUUAUUUCUGCUGGUUCUGUUAACUCUGCAUGUACUGCUGGAGGCGGACAGUUGUAUAUGUGGGGAAAAAUAAAGAACACUGGUGAUGACUGGAUGUAUCCUAAACCUCUAAUGGAUUUAAGUGGUUGGAAUCUUCGCUGUAUGGAUUCUGGCAACAUGCACCAUUUUGUUGGUGCUGAUAACUCCUGCAUAAGUUGGGGCCACGCUCAAUAUGGAGAGCUGGGAUAUGGCCCCAAUGGUCAGAAGUCUUCAGCUAUCCCCAAGAAGGUAGAUAUACUUGAGGGUAUGCAUGUUAUUGGUGUUGCAUGUGGAUUCGGUCAUUCAAUGGUUAUAGUUGACAGAGCAAAUGCUGUUGACAGGCUUGAUCAGCUUGAUAUCUAUGAUGGGAAAGUUUAUGGUGAAGUGGGUGAGGGAGCCGAGAACAAAGUUCCUGCCCCAAAACAAACUCCAAAAAGAAGUGCAGCCAAACCAUCUAGUAACUCCAAGAGGAAGAAAUCGAAAAAAUCAUCUGAUUCCGAGGAUGAGGAAGAUGAAGAAUUAUCGGAAGAAGAGAACUGUUUUGACAGUGAGAGCAGUGAUGAACAUGUCAACAGCCAAAAGUCACGUAAGAGGCAACGUCGUGGAGGCAAGACGACAAAGAAAUCCACAGCGGAAGGGAAAGUUACUGGGCGUGGGCGAGGCCAGCCCUCUGUGAACAAGGUCAAGCAGGCUACUUCAGUGAAAGCUGGUAAAAGAGGACGGCCCCGAAAGUCAUAAAUAACGUUAACAUCCAAACCAAAAUUGGAAAUUUUGCUCUCCCGACUGUGAGAGGUGUACUUGUAGAUUUACAGGUUUAUUUGAAUUAUGAAAUUCUAGCCUGAUAUAUUUAUUUAUAAUUGCUAAUCUAUUUGAGUCUACCAUGCUUGGUAAAAAGUGGCAGUGAUUUGAGUUGAGAGGGAUUAUAAGCUUGUGAUGAAUUGGUGAUUCUAGGAAAGUUGCUUAGUGCUUUCUAUAUUCUCAGUAAUUAAUUUCUUUGGGUUAA